UUCACAACCAUCUGCAUUGCGGUUCAAUCCUCCUUAAGGAGAUGGAACCGAACAUUGGAGAGAUGCUUCUUAGCACCUUCCUCAAGGUGCUCUCCAACCGGUUAGUCUCUGGCGAGCUGCUUAGCCUCAUGCAGCGCGAGGGACUCCCCAUCCUGCUGAAGAAAUGGGAGAAGGAGCUCCGGCGAAUAAACUGCGCUCUGGAAGACGCGGAGGAAAAGCAGUUGACUGGUGAUGCUGGAGUCAAGUUGUGGCUUGAGGACCUCCAGAACUUGGGCUACGACAUCGAGGACUUACUCUCUGACUUCGAUGCUCAAGCCAGGCAAAAGAAGCAGAAGGUGGAUUCCAGGAGGGCGAGCAAGACACUUCUGGUCGUGCCGAGCUGCUUCACUCCCAGAGAGUUCGUGCGUGACCAGAAAAUGAGGUCCAAAAUAGAGAAUAUCGACAGUCGACUGCAGGAGAUUAUCAAGCUGAAACAUAGCCUGAGCCUGAGAGAGAACGACGCCAACCAGCUGGCGUCCAACCGAGGCCAGCGGCGGCGUCUCACCACGCAUGUCCCAGAGUAUUGUUUUGUAGGUAGGGAGAAGGAAAAGAUGGAGGUCCUUCGAUUGUUGAUUGGAGAAGAAGAAGGCAUCAACAACAUAAAUGCGAUCCCGAAAAUGAUUCCCAUAAUUGGGAUGGGAGGGGUCGGUAAGACCGCUCUAGCUCAGCAAGUGUAUUGCGACAAUAGAGUCGCCAGCUAUUUCGAUGUCAAAGCAUGGGCUUGCGUGUCCGAUGACUUCGACAUGGCUGCUAUUACAAAGAGGAUUUUGGAGAAUAUCACUGGUUUGUCUGGCGAAGGCAACGACCUAGACCGGCUCCAGGAGAAGUUGUGGAAAAAUCUGUCUGGAAAGAAGUUUCUUAUCGUUUUGGACGAUGUUUGGACCGAGAAGUACGGAGAGUGGACUGAUUUCCUGAAGCCUUUCCAAGCCGGAGCUGAAGGGAGCGUGGUCGUCCUUACAGCUCGUAACCUCAGUGUUGCUUCAAUGGCCGGUGCUCCGGCAUACCAUCUGAAGGAGCUGCCUGAAGAUGCUUGCUUGACUUUACUGGCCUAUCACGCUCUUGGCGCCAAAAUUUCGACCACCACACCCCUCUUAAAUCAUUCGGGAGAAAAUAGUGAUGAAGUGCAAAGGCUUGCCGUUGGCUGUGAAGAUGUUGGGCGGACUACUACGUACCGACGUCGAUCCCCACCAGUGGGAAGCUAUAUCCAACAGCCGAAUUUGGGAUCUAGCAAAAGAGAGAAACGAGAUCCUUCCCUCUUUGAAACUCAGCUAUCACCAUCUCCCUCCUCAUCUGAAGAGAUGUUUUGCUUACUGCGCGAUCUUUCCCAAGGAUUACGAAAUAGAAAGGGAUGA